GGGGGACCAUAAUCAGUGACGGACCCAUAUCCGGUUGGCGGUUCUUUUCAAUUACGAAGGUGUUAAGUCAUUUGAUUGUGCUACAAGAGAUUGACAUGUUCUGCCCGUUCUGUGCGGUGCAACUGGGGGACGCUCCCAAGUUUUGCCCGUCAUGUGGGCAGAAUGUGGGGUUCCUUAAACAGCUCCCAUCAACUCCAUCCACCUCGUCAAGCGAAGGCUGUGGGCCUACAGAUUUCGAUUGGCAUCAUGUCAAGGACCAAGAAUGGUUUAAAACCUCAAAGAGGGAAAACCCUGCCGUUAAAUGUUGAAUCCCAGUGGUCAACAACCCAAAUCUUGCCAGCUGCUUUAAAGAAGCAGAAAGAUUUUAAUCAAAACGCAAUGGUAGAUGGAGAAUAUGUGCUUCUCUAUCCUGAUGGAUCUCAGGUAGAAAAUAUACCUGGUACAGACAGACCUUUUGUUCUUGAACAUUAUAAAGAGGCAAUUGGGAAAUCUUACCAGAGGAUUACGCUGUACAUCUGCCUUCUUCAGGAUUUGAGUUAUGGAGAUGACUCAUCUUCAGAAUCCGAUGAUUGUGAAGCAUUUGGUCGGCUUCCAAUGACAAUGUCACCAAAACAAUCUCUGCCAACAACAUCCAGGGCAUCUGGUGGGCAAGCCAAUGGAGCAGGAGCAGGACCCAAAAAGACAACAUCACCAAACACAUCAUGUGAAUUCUACAAUACAUAUACAAAUGUAUAUGCACCAGUUGUCAUUGACAGCAGUUCCUCAGAUGUUGAGGAAGUCGACUACUCUCAGGUGGAAGACAGAGAGCAAGUUUUUGGACUGACUGCUGCUGACGUUUUGUCAAAUCUGUCAGAAGCUAUUGACACGAGCAACUGCAGCAGGUUCAACAUCAACCGUGCCAAUGUCUGGGAUGGGGCUCUGAGGGGAUUUAAGCGGUCCUCGUUUGACCCCACCGGUAGCCUUUUGGUGAAAUUCACCGACGACAUCGGGCAGACUGAGGACGCUGUUGACACAGGAGGGCCUACGCGGGAAUUCCUCACACUGUUGAUGGACGCCAUUAAAAACAGGCGUUUUUUUUAAGGCAGGGAAGAUGGCAAAUACCUGUCAUUUGACAGCAAAGCUGCAGACGGUGAUGAGUACUUCCAUGUUGGAAGAAUGGUGGCCAUGUCCAUUGUCCAUGGUGGUCCAGGGCCUCGUUGCUUUUCCGAGAACUUCUACCACUACCUAGUGGGUAAGGUGAAGACUAUUGAGGCCCCAAUUGCAGACAUACCUGAUCCUGAUCUCAGGAAUGUUCUCCUUGAGAUUAAGAAUGCAUCAACUUUGGAAGAACUCUUGGAACUUGCAGAUAAGCACUCUAGCAUGCUUCAGACAGCAGGAUGCUAUCGAUGCCUGAGGACACUGGAGGAUAAGGAAGGAUAAGGUUGUUAAUGAUUACAUCCAGUGGUAUUUCACCUACCGCAACCAUGUUUCCUUCCAGAGGUUCAAGGACGGCCUGGCUACCCUGAACCUUUUCAAUGCUCUGGAACAACAUCCCUCCCUGUUCCAGCCUUACAUGGUUUACAGCGCAGAAGACCUGAAAGCAGAGACUCUAGAGGCGCUGUUCCGUCCACAAAUGAGCC